AUGGGAGAUCUAUACGCCUUGGAUUUUGAUGGCGUUCUCUGUGACAGCUGCGGAGAGAGCUCUAUUUCUGCUGUUAAGGCUGCGAAAGUCAGAUGGCCGAGUCUAUUCGACGGAGUGAAUUCAGCUUUGGAGGAUUGGAUUGUUGAUCAGAUGCACAUAGUUCGCCCUGUAGUAGAAACUGGAUACGAAAAUUUAUUACUUGUGAGGUUGCUAUUGGAGAUGAGAAUCCCUUCUAUUCGAAAGUCUUCGGUCGCAGAGGGGCUCACGAUUGAGGAAAUUUUGGAGAACUGGUUUAAAAUAAAACCGGUAAUCAUGGAAGAGUGGGGUGAGAACAGAGAUGCUCUAAUAGAUCUUUUUGGAAAGAUCAGGGAUGAAUGGAUGGACAAUGACUUGGCAACUUGGAUUGAUGCUAAUAGAUUUUAUCCUGGUGUUCCUGAUGCCCUGAAAUUUGCAAGCUCUAAGGUCUAUAUCGUGACAACAAAACAGAGCCGCUUUGCAGAUGCAUUAUUACGAGAACUCGCAGGAGUCAUUAUUCCACCUGAAAAAAUGUAUGGUCUUGGAACUGGUCCAAAAGUGAAAGUGCUGAAGCAGCUUCAGAACAUGCCAGAACACCAGGGUCUAACUCUACACUUUGUUGAAGACCGACUUGCGAGUCUAAAGAACGUUAUAAAAGAGCCAGAAUUGGAUAAAUGGAACUUAUAUCUUGGAGAUUGGGGUUAUAACACUCCGAAAGAGAGAGACGAGGCUGCAAGCAUUCCCAGAAUUCACAUCCUUCAGCUUUCCGACUUCAGCAAGAAGCUAAAAUGA